AUGGGUCUGCUAGCGCUAGGAACGGCACUCGAGUGGACAGAAGCGAAGAAACGAGCGGACCAGGUCCGGAAAUGGGGAAUUGAGCAAUUGCUUGCGAAUUGGCAUAGGGCCAAAGGGAAAGAGCGCGAUGCUCUCCUCUGGGGUGACGAGGUUGAGUAUCUCGUCGUCGCUUUGGAUGAUGCAGCAAAAAAGGCCCGAUUAUCGCUCGCCCAGGCAGACAUCCUCAAGUCGUUAGCCCGCGAUGAAGCACUUUGGAAGGAAGGGUCAUGCACAUAUUCUCAGAACAAGGAACAUGAGGGCGAGGAACCACCUCAUUUCCAUCCGGAAUUCGGGCGCUUCAUGCUGGAGGCAACCCCAGGUAUACCAUGGGGAAUUGGCUUCAAGGAUCUUCUCAAGGUCGAGUCGAAUAUGAGAUGGAGGCGAGAAGUCGCCAAAGCGCACAUGGCACCUAACGAGUCGCCCAUCACUCUGACGACGUUUCCCAGACUGGGCACAAAGGAUGAUUAUAUCCAACCUUACUAUCCUCCAUCUGGGCCAGCGCUGCGGUCUCAAUUUGUCCCCGACGAAAUAGCCAAUCCUCAUAUUAGGUUCCCGACUUUGGCCGCCAAUAUUAGGGCGAGGAGAGGCCGGAAGGUUGAGCUUAAUGUGCCGGUCUACAAAGACAAAAACACUCCUCAGCCAUUUAAGGAUCCCACGGUGAACUAUGAUCUGCACAAUUGGCCCGAAGACGACGAUGUCCGAAACGGAGCAGCAAAAGAUGACCAUGUCUACAUGGAUGCAAUGGCGUUUGGCAUGGGCAGUUGCUGCCUCCAGAUCACUUUCCAGGCCAAGAACGUUCCUGAGGGGAGAAAGCUAUAUGAUCAGCUGAGCCCACUUGGACCGAUCCUCCUAGCACUCACAGCUGCAACCCCAAUCUACAAGGGAUUCCUUGUUGAUACGGAUGUUCGAUGGAACCAGAUUGGUAAUGCUGUGGAUGACCGGACGAGGGAAGAGCUUGGCGAAGUUCCGCUGAAAAACGAUCGAUGGAGGAUACCGAAAUCAAGAUAUGCCUCCAAUUCGACUUAUAUCGCGCAAGACCCUAGGCUUCGUAAAGAAUACUUGGACCCUGAUUUGAUCGUGGACGAAGACAUCAAGAAACGCCUGAUGGAAGAUGGUAUGGACGAGCUGCUGGCGACCCAUUUCGCGCAUUUGUUCAUCCGUGAUCCAAUCGUUAUCUUUUCGGAAGAUCUCGAAGAGUUAGAUUUGAACAAAGCCGAUCAUUUUGAGAACCUUCAGUCGACAAACUGGCAGCACAUGCGAUUUAAGCCGCCACCACCUGAGAAGGACGACAUUGGUUGGCGUGUCGAGUUCCGGUCGAUGGAGAUUCAGAUGACCGACUUUGAAAACGCCGCAUUCUCUAUCUUUAUCGUCCUGGUCACUCGGGCUAUACUCAGUUUUGAUCUCAACUUUUACAUUCCCAUCCAACAAACGACCGAGAACAUGGAGACAGCACAUGCGCGCAAUGCCGUACUAGACCGAAAGUUCUACUUCCGCAAGAACCCCUUCUCUCCGCCGGUCCGCAGACACCAGAACUCGUCAAGCGAUAGUAACAACUCUUCAGCACACAACACACCGCCACCCUCUCCGCCGCUCGACCCAGUCGAGUCGGAAUACGAGCUGAUGACAAUCUCCGAUAUCAUCAACGGCUCUGCGGAUGGAUCAUUCCCGGGCUUGAUUCCACUCGUCGAGUCCUACUUAAACAGCGUCAAUGUUGACGUUGAGACGCGCUGCUCAUUGGCAAGGUAUCUCGACCUGAUACGCAAGCGGGCAAACGGCACCCUAUGGACCGGGGCCAAGUGGAUCCGCGAGUUUGUCGCAAACCACCCCGCCUACAAGCAGGACAGUGCUGUGUCAGAAGAAAUCUGCUAUGAUCUCGUGAAGGCAGUCGAUGAAAUGACCGUCAAGGAGGGCGCAGAUGGGAGCGUUGGAUGGGAAAUGCUCAAUGGCCGGAAGGCCUAA